CGAAUUGACUUGUUCACGUACGGUAGUGAUCGUUUGGUCGUGCAGGCAAUAUUUUUUUCUAUCAAGUGAACAGCGAUAAAGGAGCCGAGACGUGUUUUAAACUGGAACGAGAUCAAUUUCAGUGUGUUUAGUGCGAUAUGGAGGCGAUAUCUAAGCGCUAGAAGUGUGCAGCUCGCGGAAAACCACGCAGCAAAUCGAGAAAAUCGGAUAUAACUGCAAUCAUGUCAUAAUUGAAUGGGUCACAGUCAUCGACCAUUGUUCAUUUUAAGUUUUUGUUGGUGAAAAAGAGCGUACAUAUAACAAUCAGUUAUAUUUGAACGAGAAGACGAUAGCAAGCAGUGUUCGCUGCAAUCCUGUAAAAUUUACAAGUUUUCCAGAACUAAAUCAAUCAACAUGGAGAAAAAGGAACAAGAAGUUGCCGAGGAGUAUUUAUCCAGCUUGGCCGAUUUGAAUUUAAACAGCAAACCGUUAAUAAAUAUGCUGACGAUAUUAGCCGAAGAAAAUAUUGAAUUUGCACCGGUUAUCGUGAAAGCGGUCGAACAACAUAUUACUAAGGUUAACGCAGAAGUUAAAUUACCAGUACUGUACCUCAUCGAUUCAAUUGUUAAAAAUGUUGGACGUGAAUAUAUUCAAUUGUUUAGUCACAGUAUAGUAAAUAUAUUCUGUGGAGUUUUCGAGAAGGUAAACGAAAAGAUACGUGAGAAGAUGUAUACAUUGCGGCAGACGUGGAAUGACGUGUUUACACCACAAAAAUUGUAUACGUUAGAUGUUAAAGUCAAUUGCAUGGAUCCUAAUUGGCCCAUAACUGCCAAAGUUGUACCGAAAUCACCAGCGAUUCAUGUGAAUCCCAACUUUUUGAAGAAUAAGGGGGAACCUUUGAAUGAGAUGGAGGCAAAAUUGCGUGAUAAACAACGGCAAUUGUUGGAAUUACAGAAACGAAAACUAGAAUUGGAGUUGGCCGCUACAAAACAACGACUGGAAGAACAGGAAAAACAGUUGCAAUCAACUAUACAAAGUGAUACUGCGAAACCAGCCAUUACUGCUAAUGUAGCCGCUGCAACACCACUGCCGGCUGUUCCUAAUAAACCAAUGUUCGUUGGGCCAACAAAUAAAGCGGCACAUUUGCAGAAGCCGAUUGCACCAGGAAGUGCUGCAAUGCCCUUCCCUCCUGCCAAUAAUAAUGCACCAAAAAUUCGGGUAGCACCAGUGAAUUCAGCCCUCUUGAACAGCAUUAGACAACGCGAUCCACGAUUAGCCCGUCAACAACAACAACAACAAGCGGCGCUAGCAGCAGCGCAACAACAAACAGUUAUGAACAGUGCAGCAGGCUCCGAUACACCCAGCAGUCAGCUACCCGGUGCGGGUACAUUAGAAGUGCAAAAUAGUGUUAAAAAAGACAUAAGUGCGGAUAAAAGUGUCCAGAAAAGCUCUUCGAAAUCUAUAUAUGGUAAUAUUAAUCGGGAAAAAUCGAAAUCAACGCCAUCGUCGGCGUACAGCAGCAAUAGUGGUAGCAACAUCACCAGACGAGCACAUAGGGGGACUGCGGAAAAGUCUGGUUCCGUUGAUGGAAAAAAGUCUCCGGUCUCGAGCGCUGCCAGUGUUCCGCUGUCACCUACAGCUUUGCCGAGUAGUCGAAAUAGCAGUAGCAAAACUCAUUCAAGUUCAUCAUCGAGGAGCAGUGGAAUGUCGAAGAGUAGGGAAAGUUCAAAAAGCUCAAGUACACGCGAUAAGCUAUCAAGCUAUGAGCGGGAUCGUAAGCGGAAAAUUGAUUCAUCGCCUCACAAAGGAUCCGAAAAGGGUUCGACAUCAAAGCAAACUGAGAAAUCACCAAAGCGUUCUGCAGAUGGGUCGUCGAAAACGUCCUCCCAUUCAUCCAGUAACAGUAGUGGCGUGACGACAGCGGCAUCACCGACUAAAUUCCAAGAUAUUGCCAAGCAGCGGAUUAAGUCGCGAAACUAUAUGAGACGAAAUCGUGAAAAGUCUUCAAGUCCAACACCGCCGUCACCGCCCCCGCCACCAACAUCUAGUCAUGAUACUGAUCUGCGUGAUACAUUGUCGACAUCAUCGACAAGUCCUGAAAAACGAAUGAAGAUUUCAUCACGUGCAGAGAGUGCAAUAACAGAAGUUGUGACUGACACGAUAAGGGAUGUGGGACCGUCUGCUGUUGUAAGCGUACCCGUUUCCAGUCCGUCAAUUGUUGCUACCACAUUUAAGACUAACGAAUCGGACGGCAGUGCUCCGACCGCGUCUGCGUUUGGAGUGUCGUCUGUGUCAAGUAGUAACAGCAAAGCUGAAAAUUUAGAAGAAAAUAUAGAUAUGGCGCCAGCAUCACUUACGAAGGACAUCGACCUAAGGCAGCUUCAUCCGAGUGCAGUGACCACAGCAAAGAGUUCAAGUGCAAUGGGAGCAAGUACUAUAAACGUAGGGCCUGAUGCGGCAAACGGGCCGGGUCCGGUGAAUAGUGAACCAGUGGAUGAGGCAGACCCAAAAAAGAGAGCAGUGGCUACUUUGGAAGACAUUGAGGAGCCAGCAACGAAAAAGACUAGAUCAGAGAAGAUCGAUUCGUUAUUUGGCACUGAAGAUGUUGAUUUGAGGACUUUAUCGGCUCCGAGCAAUCAUUUAGGAAUGGGUAUGUCUUCGGUUAUGCCAUCAACUCCGCCUCCACCUCCAAUCAUAUCAAAUGAAAGUGAAAGUUGGACAAAGGUUAAAGGUGUGAAGUCGAAUAAAUCGUCUGCUUCGAAAUCAAAUUUAGACGACGUACGCGCGAAAUUGGCGAAGGCAGCUAAAGGAGAGAAAUACGAGAAAGAUUUGAAAUCGUUCAAGAAAGCGAGUCGAUUCAACGACGUCCAUGAGGAUUCACAGGACGGAACUGAUACGAACAUUCGAACAAUCAUAAGCCAGGCCCAAGAAAUGUUUGAGAGUGAUAACAUGGAUGUUGAACAGUACAAUACCCUUAUGAAGACUGUGAUUCAUAUAAACGAGAAAAGCAAACUGAAAGAAGCUCAACGGCGUGAAUCUCUGCUCACAAAGAAAGAAGUAACUCAGGACCUCACACCAAUCAGCGAUGAUGAAGUUCGCUUCAGUUCCGAGGAAGACGAUGUUGAAACGAAAAUUGCAAAAUCAAAAGUUCUCUCGAAACGAAUACCAAAAGUCUCGAGAAAAGAUGAAAACUCAACUGUUGAAAGCAAAUUUGAACAAAGUUCAGUGCUAAGACGAUCACCAACUCCGACUAGCGGUACAAGCUCAUAUGCUGACAACAACAGGCAACAGUCGCUUCCAAAUCAGACCGGCUCGAAAUCCGAGAAACGAACAAGAACCAAGGAAUCGAAAUGGUCUCCAUGGGAACCGAACGCCGCUACUCAGGCAUCGACUGGUAAACCUAAAUGGGUUGUUGGAAAUACGAAUUUCCGACCGCAAUUCCCUGCGAAAGGUGCGAACAUGGCUAACGUGCCGAAUAUGAUGAAUCGUGGGACCGUGCCGAAUCCUUGGCAAAAUCCACCUCAGUUAAUAUUCGCAGGUCCUCCAGCUCAGAGUCAGAUUCCACCACCUCCUCCAGUUCCGCCCAUAGUAAACCCGAUUUUGCCUACAGACACUUCAACUGUAACGCCCGGGCCACCCCUACCGCCGCCCAUUCUCCUGCCACCUCUCAGUAAUUCUGUGGACAAUCCAAACGCAGAUGUUGUUCGAACCAUCAAUAUUGAUGGCGUUCCAAAAGAAAUCCGUUUCUACGAUGAGGUAGCUAUCGCUUUUAUGGAAUGGGAUCAGCCGAAAGAAAUUGGCUUCCAAGCGGGACAAAGGAGAAUCAUGAUCGACGAUCAUGACAUGAUUACACUGAGCUUCAAUGAUGUAUACAAAACUGUGAUGGUUGAUGGCAAUCCUCAUCAAAUGCGCUUCGGAUGCCCAACUCGGGAACUGUAUAUAGACAAUAAUUGGUACGAGUGCUAUUUCGGUGAUCCGCCAAUCCGAAUAUUUUUAGAUGGGCGACUUAGAGUUUUCAAGAUUGAAGGACCGGCUCCACAGGUGCGCAUCGGUAAUACCCGACAAGAUUUGGUUGUAGGGAAAAUCAAUCUGAUCAUAGAUGCCCUUCUCAUAGUUCCUGUUUUCCUCGAUGCUAAAGUACAAACCUUCCAGAUCAAUGACACGGUGCAUACCCUCCAGUUUGCCGAUCAAUUAAGAACCGUGUUGAUCGACAAUAUUCCGUUUGAUGUAGAAUACGGUGGACUGCCGAAAAGUAUGCACUUAAAUGGCGUGAAACACUUCGUAAGAUUCGGUACCUUGCCUAAUGGUAUUGUCCCGGGUACUGUUAUCAUACAAAAUAUGGUUCGGACUGAUAGAUUUGCAGCAAUUGAUCUACCCAUGGCAUCGCCGGAAUCCGCAGCGUUGCUUUCCGUGAACCCAGGGCUGCCGACGCAACUUCCAAUGGAUGCAGCUCUGCCUGUAUUGAAUCCCGCCAUGAAUGACGCAUUAGCGCAAGGAUCCGUCGCUCCGAAUAAUGGGGAAAUCAAAAACGAGACUCAGUCGGAUUCCUCUGUUCAAUCGAUUGCGGGAUCAGUAGGCAAUUUGAAUAUUGACGAACUAUUCCAAAAAUUAUUGGCCUCAGGCAUAUUGAACCAAAACCAAGGGGUAUCGAAGGCCGACGAGAGCAAAAAGGAAAAGUUGAAGGAGAAGCCGAUCAUUCCGAUCGAUUUAUCCCGACCGGAAACCAUCAAAACCCGUCAAGCACCGAUAAUUCAGAAGCUCUUCAGUGGCAUGCAAUGUAGCAGCUGUGGAGUGAGGUUCCCACCAGAGCAGACUAUGAAAUAUAGCCAACAUUUGGAUUGGCACUUCCGGCAGAAUCGGAAGGAGCGUGAUAACUCGCGUCGCGCUCAUUCUCGCAAAUGGUAUUAUGAUGUUAGCGAUUGGAUUCAGUAUGAGGAGAUUGAAGACUUGGAGGAGCGGGAGAAGAAUUGGUUCGAAACACAGCAAAAUGAAACGGAAAAUGUCGAUGAAAAUUCGAAUCAGAGAACGAGUUCACCGCCACCAAGUUGUCCAGCCGGUCCAGAUGAUGUGGACAGAUGUUGCGAUAUGUGCCAUGAUAAGUUCGAGCAAUUCUACAAUGAGGAGUCGGAAGAAUGGCACUUGAGAGACGCUAUCCGGGUGGAGGACAAGAUCUAUCAUCCCAUUUGUUAUGAGGACUUCAAGGCAUCGUUGACGAUGGAUUCAAUUCUUCAAACGACAAAUGAUGUGGAUGAUAACGCAAUGGAUUCUGUCGUUGUAAAGUCGGAGAAGGAUGAUGACGUUAUUAUGGAGGAGAAGGCACCUGAAGUGAUUGAAGAUGAUGACGAUGAAGACGACGUGAUCGUGUUGCCGACUGAGGAACCUUCCAUUCAAGAAAUUCCAGACGAUGACGAAGAUGUGAUCAUUGAACAGCCAUCGCUAGAAAGUGAGCUCCUGGUUCCAGAUAGCGAGAGCGAUGCUAACACCAAGAAGGAUGAAGAGACAGCUAAAGAUAGCGAAGCGUUAGAAUCAGAUGAUGUGGAAAUCCAGGAACCUCAUAUCCCAUUUACCGAUCUCGAUACCUACGAGGAAACGGCAGAAAGAAGCGUUUCAACUGUGGACGAUUCGUCACAGUCUUCACAGUUCAACGUAAUUAAAAUUAAAGAAGAACCCAAAGACGACGGGUACAAUGAAGAUGACGCGUUCGAGGAGGUCGGAACGAUUAUCUGUGACGACGACAUCUCAACGCAAGCUGAUGAAGAUACCCCUAAGCGACCUGAUCCUGCGCCAGUUGUUAUUGCACCAUUGGUGCCGAAACCGCCAGUGGCAAGUGCAAGCAAUUCAAAUAUCCUUGUCCUCCACGAUCCUUCAUCUUCGAUAGAUGGCAACGUUGACGUUCAAGAAACCCCGGCUACAACGACAGGAGCUAAUAAAAUUAAAAUCAACAUCAGCAAAAGUGCAAUACGUUCGGAAAGCAAUACAGUUGCACAAAGUUCAUCCAACAACAAGACUAGCGCCGCUGUAGAGACGAGUUCUGGUGCCGAUAACUCCACCAACAGUGCAAAACGACUAGAGGAUGACGAUUCGAUCCAGUACGCGCUAAAACCGGCUCUUGCGAAUGUGGCACUGAAAAAGGUCCCACGGACUGUCAGUGGAUUGGAGACGUCGGGUCUGUGUUCCAUAAUGUAAAUACCAAGUCUAAUUUCGCGGAGAUAAUUGACUGGACACAAUCCCGCUCUUGAUUGGAUCCACCUAGUAUUAAUUGUACAUACUUUACGUUAAGAGAAGAUGAAAAUAUGUGAUAAAAAAUUUAUUUUAUGUACAUUGUCUUAGGAUAAGAAAAUUCUAGUUGAUAGAAUCGAUGGAAUAAAGGCUAAGUUUUACAUAAUCCGUUUUAAAGAGCCCGCGUUUAAGGGGGAUAAUAUUUAUUGUGAAGAAAAAUAUUGAGGGAGGGAUUGUAGUUGAGCAACCGUGAAUAAGAAUUUGUUGUGUACAGUGUGCUCCCCGCCCUGACAUUUCAUGAAUUUCGAUUUUGUAAAUUCAAAUAAAAAAAAAAACGUUUGAGGUUUAACUUUAGAAUUACUCUUUGUUUAAUGCACAGAAUUUUAUUUUAUUAUUUGAAUAAUAAAAUAUCGGUUUUUACCACAAGAAAA